AUGGCACUCCACAGGCUCAACUACCUGAAGGGUCGAUUGAAGAGGAACGCGCUGUUGAAGGAAGCCUACUGUAACGCCCUGAAGCGCAAUCUAGAGUUGGGAUUCAUCGAACGCGCAAUAGGAGAAAUCGAGAAGGAGCAACCAUUGUGGUACCUUCCGCACCACCCUGUCAUAAACCCCAAGAAACCUCAGAAGAUCCGGGUUGUCUUCGAUUGUGCUGCCAAGUGUGCUGGGAUUGCCUUAAAUGACCGUCUAUUACAAGGCCCAGACCUGACUACUCCGCUGAUUGAGGUGCUGUGCAGAUUCCGUCUGGGGUCAGNAAAGUCUCAGAAGGGCAAAGGGACGCUCUACGGUUGUGGUGGUGGCUGGAUGGAGACCUAG